AUGAUUUCGUCGAAUGCUCUGAUGGGAUUGGCUGCUGGGGCCGGUGCGUUUGUCCUGUUCUGUUUCUACUACGACCACAGGCGAAGAAGCGAUCCUCUCUACAGGGUGAAACUUCGUGAAAGUCCGUUAUUGAAAGCCAAGGAAUCGGCCAAGAAGGCUAAAAAAGUUGAAAAUAAACCUGAUUUGAACGAUCCUGAAUCAUGUCAAAAAUUUUUCCUGAGAGAAAUUCAGUUGGGCGAAGAGCUGCUUAGCCAAGGUGACAUACAUGAGGGCAUUGAACACUUGGCCAAUGCCCUAGCUGUCUGUAGCCAACCCCAGCAGCUGAUGUCUGUUUUCCAGCAAACCCUCCCACCACAAGUCUGUCAGCUGCUUGUCGCUCAAAUUCCCAUAGCAGCCCAGCGCUUGGUUGAAGGUGAGUUAGAUGGUACAUUUCCUAUCCAUGGCAAGCCGAAACUCGUAGAAGACGAUUUGGAAUAAUCGUAAUAUGAUAACAUUAUUAUUUGUGUUAUUGUUAUAAUUACAAUCUGAUUUUUAUUAGAUAUAAUUCAUAUUUGGAUGGAUGAAUUAAUGAGAUAUCAUCUGACAUGAUUCCAUAUAAAUAAAUGUGGAUACAUUCAUUGCUUGUUCCUGCUAAUUUUGUGUGUGUGUGUGUGUGUUAACUAUUUUGGAGACUUUUAUGUCACUGAAAGAAUUUGAUGUGAAUUUUUUAAGAAAGAUUUUGGAGAAGUUUUCGAAGUUUCAUAUUAUGUAUAAUGGUCAGGGAAGUGGCAUCAUUUAUUUUUUAAUAAUGUAAAUAAUGACGUCAUCGUUUAUUUUUACCCUUUUUACUUUUGAUUUAGAAAGUUCCGUGGAGUGUUCUAUGACGUAACAACAAGUAUGGUAUUAAGUUAACAAUAUACCAUUAUACACACAUUGAAUCUUUGUUGUGUGUAUGUUUAAAUCUUCUGAACAUACGAAUCUUUUCAUUGUUUAUUUAUAACAGUUGAUAUUUCAUCUCAAUAUAAAAAAAAAUUGAUAAAAG